AUGUCUGGAGUCGGCGAGGCUCUUGCGAUUGUUAGCUGCGUUGCGGGGUUGAUCCAGGCCUACGAUGCCGGCAGCCGCGUCGUCAAACAGAUCAAGGCUCGACGGCAGAAUCACGACGCCCUCCCACCUUCAGAUCUCCUCGAAGAAUCCAUCGAAAAAGGAAAAAGAGAAAUAGAACAAGUUGUGGCAGAGGGAAACGAACGAUUUGGCUCGAGUUUCGAAGAAGGCGACGCGACCGCCCAGCUCGCAUUAUACAAGAUCACAAUCGCUACUCAGAAUGCCCUAUUGGCCGGCCUUACCCAAGCCAGAGAUGAUGAUGGCGUAAUCGAUUUCGACACCUGCAUCGAUACAUCCGACAAGGGCCGGGUAGAUGCUCUGAUCGCAUUGCAUGCACUCUUCCAGCGCAAGUUGGAUGAGGAAAUAGAAAGGAAAAAGAACCUGUCUUCUCAGCAGGCCCCACCACUACAACAACCUCAUCCUCUCGCACCUCCAAGCCUACAAAAGACAGAGGCCCAGCCGGCGACCAUAACCAAGGCUGAGCAAACACCUCCUCCAACUCCAGAACUGCCCAAGGUUAAGAAAUCUCGAACAUUUACCAACAUUGUCCUCCGACGAAAGGAGAAUGGCCAAAAUUCCGCCACAUCCACACAGAUGGAUAAUAUCUCGCCAACGAACAAGCCUGAGUUGUCUCCUAUGACGUCGGAGCAAGGAGCCGCUCCCCGAAGUUCUCGUCGAAAUACCGGGACAUCCGUUAGUUCCACAGGUACAUGGUCGAGUGCAGAAAGCCGAAGCUCGACGGUUCGGUCAAAUACUACGUCACCUUCUAUUGCGCCCAUUUCACGGCAGAGCACCGCUUUGUCCACCAUGUCAUCCAUGUCCGCAAUGUCAACCUUAUCAGCCGUGUCUGGUAUGUCCAACUUAUCGACUGCAUCCACCCUUGCUCCAAUCACCAGGUACCAAGGGACCUGCAAAUAUGCAUAUGAUCUCCGCGAUGGACAAAUCAAGAAUGCCUUUAGACUGGCUCCGGUCGGAAUGCAUGGAAAGACGUACAAAUGUGCCAGCAGCAAAUGCCAUUUCACCGUCAGUGCUGCUCACAAGGGAGAUCGCAUCGAAGACCGGGUAAUGAAGACUACUUCCGGACUUCAAUAUCGGUUUCUUUUCCUUGCAAAGUCACAUAAACAGCAGCCGGAUCCACAGCCACCAUCAUUGUAUCGCUGUCUGGUGUGCAUGAUGCAGGGAAACAACUCUGGGGUCUAUCAUGGAAAUAAUGUCUUGCUUUCGCACCUGGAAACUCACCAGGGAACCUACCUGGACCAGACCUUACUUGAAGGGCCAUUGAUAUUUACCAACAAUGGUGCGAAACCGGGCACCGAGAACGAAUUUGACAUUAAGUUUCCGGAAGUCGAGAAAGUGCCUCGGCCUGCUGAACUGCCUUCAGAUCACGGAGCCGCUGUGGUGGUCGCUUCUCGAGUUCCAACCGGGUCGCAGAGUGCUGGUGAUGUUAUACUGUCGAAAGCAGCGACUACUACCUAUGGAUAUGAAUAUGAGAACCCUUGGGCUGCGUAG